AUGGGGACUAAAGAAGGAUCCAAGAGUAAAGGCCCUUAUACCUGUACCGAAAUCGGAUACAAUGUGGCUUGUUGUAAGACAGCCUUCAAACCGGGCAAACACGAUAUUUCUACGUUGACUGAUUUGAAGAAUGGUUGUGUGGAUCCAAGGAAUCAUAAUUUCCAAGAGUGAUCAAUCUUCCUUUGAUUUCUUCUACAUAUCUUCUAUUAUAGCAAACAAAAAAGAAGCAAAAUUCUUCUUGUUCUUCAACCUUCAUGAGUUUACAAUUUUGUGACUCUGAAUCAGUUGCUCGAAAAAACACUGUCUGAAUUCCACACUGGUUUGAUGUCCAUAAUCCUUAGUUUUCAAUUACGAAUGGGUGCAUGCUGUAGUUAUAUUAAUAGACAAUUUAUACCAACUCAGAUUGAACUCCAAUUUCCAUGUUGUAACUUGUAUGUACAUAUAUGAAUGCUUGAAUCACUCUUAUAUCAGAAGUCAGGUCAAGUGAAUAGAAAGAUCCUCCAAAUCUUUAUAUAUGUGAAAUUGAUCAUUGGCUUG